UACUUAAGAACUUUUAAUUAAAUCUUGGUCUUCAGUGACUUGUCCAAGCUCAUGGAUGAAGAAGACAGCACAGAUGCAAUUUUAUAGUUCAGCACUUGCUGGAAGAAAGAUGAGACGCUUAAUGCGGUCACACUGCCAUGCAUCUGCUGAGUCAUGAUAGGAAGUAAUAAGGAGUCAUCUCGUAAGCCCAAUAAAAAAUGCCAUAGGUUUAAUAUUAAGCCAAAUUUCCAGAUUCAUGUAUCUUGAGUAGCAAAAAAGCAAGCAAAGAACCAGGCUCCAAGGAGAAAAAAGUCACUUCAUUUGCUUACAGCUUGAAAGUAUGUUUUCAGUUGUUUUUUUUCCUGUAGCCAGUCUGAGGAUUUUUCUGAAAUACUGUCCUUGUAAAGACAUGCAUUAGUAGCAUCUGUUUCAUGCCAGGUAAAACCAUUCCCACAGCCACGCAUACACUUGCUGUCUGUCAGCAAAAACUUCUGUGUCAGUAAUUAGAAAAAUGCUAUUAAAAACCUGCCUUGUAAUCCCAGAUAGCCUCUGGGUUGACUCAGUUCUAUUUUGUCUUCCUUGCUUAGUGCAGUAACCCAGGAUCAUUCCACCGUGAAGAGGAACCCAGCUCCUCUGCAAGCCGCCUAGCUACUAUUUUAUUUACACGGUUCUACAAAGCGUCAUCUUGAGGACAACAGCAUACAGCUGUAGUGUCCCAAAGAGGUGACCUUUUGUGACAAAAUCCUCAGUCUAACAGGUUUAUAACACAAGUGAAGCAUGUUACAGACAGGCACUUGGGAGCUGGAUCUCACCAUGGGGGCGAACCUGUACAUCGUGUAAUCAUCUGAAAAUUUACUCCAGCCUGUCAUGAGUCUAGAUCAUCAGACAACAUCAUAAAACAGAUGAGUCAGGGCACUAAAACAUGGAAGUUAUCCACUGAGCUCAUUAUUUUCAUACCUAAUUACACAGUGCUAUUGAGGGAGAAUUGCACAUUAUGCUGAAGAAUCCUGUUUCAUCACUAGUCCUAUAAGAUAAUUGUGUUUAGUUAGGACCUAUAGAUACCAUGGUGAUUACUGAUCUAUAAACACUCAAGGUAGACCUGCAAAUGAGGUGCAAUAGCAAGUGCAUCCAUUAACACAAUCAAAAGCUGAUACUGAGGUGAGAGAACAAUUAAAAGUUGAACUGUUUUAAUUUACCAUUAACUUGUAGCUCUAGCACUCUGUUCUGACUCUGUGCAAUUCCUCUGCUGUGAACCAGCAGGCAGAAAAACACCUGCUGGUCUUCCCUUACUGAAUUUGGAAAACUUUUUGUUUAAUCCAGUGUAAUAUAUGCAUGAAUGGGAAAGAGUGAUGAGAGUUGACAUCUGUAGUAGCAAAAGCUGUCCUUUUCUGUAUGAGGUCAGGUCAGAAAGGAAGAAGCAGAAAUACAAGCUUGGCUAGUAAUGUCACAGAUAAAGCAGUAAAAACUUUUCAUGGUGAAAAUAUUUCUUGUAACGCGUAUUAUAACACAUUUUCCAAUGAACUGCAAAUUGUACUUACAGUCAAAGAAGCUGCUGGCUACCUUGUCCUAGCACAGGUCUGGAGGGUCAUUUGCAGCAAGUCAGAACACAGAAAUUCAUCCUUGUCCUCCUUUGGUGCUUGGGCGCAGCUGCCUGCAAAGGUGUUAAUGUGAAUGGAGAUACUUGGUAAAGGUGCCAGAUCAGUAAGACUGUGCCUAAUCAGAUCACACAAACUAUCCCUUUCAUUGCUUGGAUGGCUCUGCCACCUCCAGAUCCACAGUUUGUUCUCAGAGGUACCAGUGCUGCAGUCCACACUCUGCAUUUUUCUUGUGGAGGCCAAGAACCUGACGUCCCCACUCUUUUCUCUGGGUCUGAGAAUGGGUUUAUCCAUGUCUGGAACCUGAAAACGCACAGAGCGAACACAGAACUGGAUGGCCAUGGAAGAAAAUCUGUCUACUGCGUGGAGACAAUUGGUAGUAAAAACAGGCUCCUCAGUCAGGGUCGUGACCAGAGGAUCUGCUUGUGGGAUUUAGCAGAGGGACGUACUUCGGUGACGGAUUCUGUCUUCACGGAGAAUGUGGGAUUCUGCAGAUGCUCUCUGUUAAAGGUGGCACAGGGACGCUGGCUACUGGCUAUGGCAGCCAAGGCCCUGGAGGAGGUUCAGGUUUUGGAGCUGCCAUCCAAGACGUCAGUCUGUACCUUGAAGCCAGAGGUGGGUGCCAAGCUGGGCAUGCCCAUGUGUCUGAAGUUAUGGCAGCUCAACUGUGGUUCACAACCUUUGCUUCUGGCUGGCUAUGAAGAUGGAUCAGUGGUCCUUUGGAAUCUGUCAAUGGGAAAAGUGUUGAGCCAACUUGUUUGCCACCAGGAGCCAGUGAUGAGCCUUGACUUUGACUCGGAGAAGGCCAAGGGGAUCUCAGGCUCAUCUGAAAAGGUGCUUAGCAUCUGGAGCCUCAAUGAGCAACAGAACCUCCAGGUUUACAAAACACACAAACUUGUCAAUGCUGGCAUAUCUGAUAUCACCAUCCGUCCAGACAAGAAGAUUUUAGCAACAGCAGGGUGGGAUCAUCGCAUCAGGAUCUUUGGCUGGAAAAAACUGAAGCCCUUAGCAGUGCUGGACUACCACACAGCAACUGUCCAUUGUGUGUCCUUCUCAGAUCACAAAAACCCCAGUGAGAGACUGCUGGCAGCUGGCUCAAAAGAUCACCGCAUCAGUAUCUGGUCAAUAUAUACUCAGACAUGACAUGUUCUGCACUGUCAUGGACUAGGAAACCAGCACUGGUGAAGCAAUGCUUUACACUGUAAUGUGAGGCAGUAGUAGAAUGUAUUUUCAGGCUGAAGUGAGAGUCCUAGGUUAAUUCUUAUGCUGCUUAUUCAAGCUGCAAGUUUUGUUUUACAGAGAGGGAAGUGGAUUUUUAAAACUCAUAACAAGCAGAGCAAGGCCAGUCACAAACGAAGACACAGAACAAGUCACUUUGAGUUCUGCUACAGGUUUUGCAACAGCUUUUCUUUGGCAGGUUGCUCAAAUAACUUGUGCCAAUAUCUUCUUUUGUAAAAAAGGACUGGAAUCCCUCAGACUGCAGUGGGGGCAGACUACGUCUGUUUGUAAGUCAUGUAUCCAAGAAUCUGAAUCAGUGUAAAAUAUCACUUUCUUGAAAAUGUAUACCCAUUAAACCACCUCCAGUGGUUUCUCAUUGUCAGUUACUUUUUCUUCCCCAUAACUGAAAGGCUAUCAGAACAACCUUGAUUUGUUCACACUUCUGUCAGUUUCUAACUUAAACCAACAGCCAGGAAUGUGACUAGGGACGGCCUUUGGCAUUUAUGAAUUUCAUUAUGUCUCCUGUCACCUCAAGCCUCACAAUUAAUCACAAGAAAGAAAGGGGAAAAAAUCUUCCCCUGCACUGCACUGCAAAGAUAUGUAAAGCCUUUUACAGAGCCAGUGCUAAAUCCUUUCCACAGACCAACUAGCUGAAGGAUUUAAACUCAGCAAUCCAAUUAGCGCCCUUCUCCUUGGAGAGUUAGGGGUAAGUUUCAGCAUGGCAAGUCUGGGAUUCAGCUACACAAUUCCCAUUAACAUUUAGGGGAAUUGCAUGGAUAAAUCCUUAUCCACACAGUGCAAAUGGCUCCAUUAACUUGUCAUCUCUAUGGUCAUGGAAGCUGAAAUUCAUUCAUAAAGGGGUUUUUGUUUGAAUCAUGAAGCAGCAUUUGCAUUCUUUUAAAGCAUAUUAGACAUUCAACAGUGUGUUCAUAGAUGCCUUGCUGUUGUAUUCAGUCACAAAGUUGCAGUUACAACUGUCCCACUGAAGCAAUUAGCAAGGGCCAGUUUGUUAAAAAGGAGGUGGCCUGGAAACUAGAACUCACCUUUACAAACUGUUCUGUGUCCAGGCUUUGCACUGUUGAUACUUUACUGGAAAUAUUUGUUUCUGCGGCUGUACAGAGCUUUACAUUAAAUGAAAAAGUCACCAGAAUUGUACUGAACGGCAACAUCAAAAGACUUUAGAAAUUAUUUCAGGGAAAACUCACAAGCAAAUUAAGGUCUGGGUCUGCUAUCCAGCUGUGCUUUACAGGCAGAGAAUACUGUUGGACUAAAAGUCUUGAGCAUGAAGCCCGAUGUUCUGUCCAUUAAAACACAGAGACAGGAUGCUGUUGCCAGGCUUUUCUAAAUAAAACUUGGCCUUACA